AUGGCCGCCUCCACCAUGGCUGUCUGCUCUGAUGCUCGCACCAACACCUCCUGGCAGGUGGAUGACUGCCCGGAGAGCUGCUGUGAGCCCUGCUGCUGCCAGUCCAGCUGCUGCCAGCCCAGCUGCUGCCAGUCUAGCUGCUGUGUCCCCAGCUGCUGUGCCCCAGACCCCUGCCUGACCCUUGUCUGCACCCCAGUGUGCAGUCCCUGCUGCCAAUCUGGCUGCAGCAGCUGCACACCCUCAUGCUGCCAGCAGUCUAGCUGCCAGCCAGCUUGUUGCACCUGCUCCCCCUGCCAGCCAUCCUGCUGUGUGACUCUUUGCUGCAAGCCUGUCUGCUGCACACCCAUCUGCUCUGGCUGCUCCUCCUGCUGCCAGCAGUCUAGCUGCCAGCCCUCAUGCUGCCAGCCCUCAUGCUGCCAGUCCUCCUGCUGCCAGCCAUCCUGCUGUGUGCCUGUCUGCUGCAAGCCUGUCUGCUGCACACCCAUCUGCUCUGGCUCCUCCUCCUGUUGCCAGCCAUCCUGCUGUGCUCCUGUCUGCUGCAAGCCCUCCCCCUGCCUGACCCUUGUGUGCAGUCCCUGCUGCCAAUCUGGCUGCAGCAGCUGCUGCACACCCUCAUGCUGCCAGCAGUCUAGCUGCCAGCCAGCUUGUUGCACCUGCUUCCCCUGCCAGCCAUCCUGCUGUGUGACUCUUUGCUGCAAGCCUGUCUGCUGCACACCCAUCUGCUCUGGCUGCUCCUCAUGCUGCCAGCAGUCUAGCUGCCAGCCCUCAUGCUGCCAGCCCUCAUGCUGCCAGUCCUCAUGCUGCCAGCCAUCCUGCUGUGUGCCUGUCUGCUGCAAGCCUGUCUGCUGCACACCCAUCUGCUCUGGCUCCUCCUCCUGUUGCCAGCCAUCCUGCUGUGCUCCUGUCUGCUGCAAGCCCUGCUCCAGCAUGUCCCUGCUCUGCCGCCCCGUGUGCAGACCCGCCUGCUGCCUGCCCACCUCCUCCUGCUGUGCCUCCUCCUGCCAGCCCAGCUGCUGCCGCCCAGCCUCCUGUGUGUCCCUGCUCUGCCGCCCUGCCUGCUCCCGCCAGGCCUGCUGUGGCCUCUCCUCGGGCCAGAAGUGUAGCUGUUGA